AUGACUUUAUUCCGAUUAUUAAAUUCAAUGGCUAACAGGACUUGGAACAAUCAUAAUCAAGAUUGGGAUCCAAUGAGAGAUGACUUCAACGAAUCUACGUUUGACCCGCAAUACCCUGAUGACAAUGCUGGUGGUGGUGUCAACCUGGAUCAUUGUCGCCUUUAUAUCACAAACAUUCCAAAAACCCUAAAUGAAGAGGGUCUGCGAACAGCUUUUGCCAAGUACGGAACACUCAUCGAAUCCUUCCUCAGUAAGGAUACACAAAAACGUUAUGGAUUGAUAUCAUAUGAGACUCCUGGCGAAGCCAAACUUGCAAUGAUGAAGCUUAACAGAACUGAGCCGCUCAAAUUGUAUGUGAAUGUAGCACAUAAGAGGAAACAAGUGGGAAAAACAAGAGAUAUGAAGGAGCGCAACUACAACCAGCAUUCACGGGAUGACAGUGGUAGCGUUGUCAGUAGAGGACACAAUAGCCAGAAACAAGAAGACACUCACAACGGGGAAGGAGAAAUGGAGGAUUUGAUGGUUGACAAUGACUUGAGUCUAACGGAUUGCAUAGACCCAGAACUGCACCUGGAAUUAGUACAACUGAAAAUGGAACAGUUGAAGGUGCAAGAAGAGAAGCUGCAGUGUAAACAGAAAAUGCUACUACUCAAUCGGGCUGGAAAGAAACCGAUUGCUGUGGGCAGUUCAAACAGGUGCAUUCUACCUGAUGGGAAAAUCGUCGUGAGGAACAUUAAUGACAGGGCGAGCGAGUCACACGAGACAGAUGGCUUUGGAAUCAGCAGUGGAGACUCGAACGGGAAACAUUGCACCUGCAGUAAAUCCUGGGACAGGAGCAGCAGUUCUGGAGGCGAUAGCUCCUCCGCGUCAACUUGCGUACUCUGCGGGGAGAAAAGUCGAAUAAAUCGCACAUGGGAGGUCCAAGAUAAGUCGGACUUGGAAAGUAAUAUUACAGAAUCCAGAGCUGCAACAAAAACUGUGGACCUCACAAGUAAAGAAUCAAAAGGUAUGGAAUCAGUCGACAAGAAAUCCGACUUUACCAGUGCUAGUGAAAGUAGGGAGUGCGAUAGAGAAAGUGAAACGCUCUAUGAGUUUAAAUUUAGCGACUUUGUCAGUGAUGAAGAGCACGAUGAAACUAAUCGUCUAAUACAGUUGCGAAAUACUGAUUACUUAGAUAUAGUGGAAGAACAUCUAAAAAUUGUUGUAGCCUUAUCUGGUUAUCCUAAAUCGAAGAUGCUGCUGAAACAUAUGGAACAGUUGCAAAAAUCACUUACAGACAUAAUUGAUAUGCAAAUUAAAGCUGGUUUGUUAAAGACAAUGCCGUCUUUCCUCGACUACUAUCUGAAUAGGGGCGCGGUAGUCUUCAUUUGUAAAGAUUUGGGUACUAGAGAUUGGAUAGUCAGGGUUUCAGGCGGUCUCGAAGAAAGGAUGAAUAAGAGACUGAUUUUAUUAAAUUCUAAAGUGAAAAGAAUAUGUCUGGCUGUGUUGAAGAUACCACAGUCCUGUUGGCCUGAUACAGCCUUAGACGUGUUUAAGUUGAUACAGUAUUUUAAUCCAACUUUAAGAACGGAGAAGUGGAAGAUUUAUGCUCAAAAAAUUAUUGACGAUAUUGAGUGUACGUCCUUUUUAAUCGAUAGGAUUUCCGGGGAAAUAAUUCGUGGACCAACUUUUAAAAACGUUAUAGACUACUGUAAUAUAGAAUUUGAUCUGACUGGCUACACUGAAAUUUAUUACGAAAGCUUAGAUCUCAAAGAUGAUCUAAGUAGUGUGGCGUCGAGGGUUAAAUUGCUAAAGGAAAUACGAUCGGAGGAAGUAACGCCAAGAAAUGACAGUAAAAUUAAUCUUAAAACAAACAAAGAAAUAAAUAUUACAAAUGAAUUAAUAGAUGCGCUGACAAAGACUAAAGAACUAAAAAAUAUUUUAGAUGUUACGAAAGAUCUUGAAAACCCUCUUCAAAUCGAUACCCUUGAGGAAGUUAUCGACGUAGAUUAUGCAAAUGAUAAAAAUAAAACAGUUGUUUUGUCUGUCAAAACAAAAGACGAAACCAGUGAUAAAGAAAGUGAAAACUCUCAAUAUGAUAAAGACACCCAUGAGAACGACGAAUCUACAUCAACAGCUAUAUUGACAGAGAAAACAGACUCUAUCAUAGAGAGCACCGAUGAUUUUGUGGACAGAAACCGCACUAUAACUAUAGAUUCUAACAGAGGCAUCGCCUAUAACAGACGUACGAACUAUUUACAUGUGGAUAACGAUCUAAAGAUCGCCAUCACUCUAGACGGAUAUCCACAGAACAAACUGGAAGGCACACACAUCAGAAGUCUUAAGCGCCUGUUUAAGGAAUACUUGCACAAAGACAUUAAGAGGCGACGUUUCAACAACCAUAUCAUUCCCAAGUUCCAAGACGUGUAUCUCUCAAAUGGAGCCGUGGUAUAUAUCUGUGAUAGUUUAGAAACUAAAGAAUAUUUAACUGAUAUUUUACCUAAAUUUAUAACAGCUACAAGUUUGAAAUUAGUUUUUAAAGACGUUAGUGAGCUACUUCGUUACACCAGACUUGUCAUGCGUUUGCCCAAAGAACUUGCUCAUUUAGAAUCAAAAGAGAUUCUGACUGAAUUGAACGCGAAAUACCCUGGCUUAAAACUAAAUAGCUGGAAGUACUACGUGGAUGUUGCUGGUAAACAGAAAAGGGAAUUUGGCGUCGAUCCAGAAUCUUUAGACAUAAUUAAAAGACCCACAUUUAGUUUUUCCUAUAAAGGCGAAGAUGUAAGUUUCAGAAUAAUCGACAGAAAAGGAAAAAAUGUCACUUGUAGUGAGACUGAAACUAAAUUAGUGGCUGUAGAAGAUUUUGAGACCAAAGCUCUUUGGGAAAGAAUCUGCAGAGACAUGUAUAGUCCGAUUAACCCAGAUAUUAUGAGCACACCUUUAACUCGCGUUAGAACUAAGCAUUACUCGGAUUUGAUAGCAGAUGAUCUCAAACUUUAUGUUGGUCCCUCCAAUUAUCCCGAAACCCGUGUGGAUGAGGCUUUAUUCUUUACGUUUAAAAACGCUAUGACUAGUGUCGUUAUGGAUUCUUUUAAAAAUGAUGAGAUUACUAUACCGAAAAUUCAUGACAUGUAUUUAUACGAUGGUGUUAUUUUUAUAAUAUGUAAAGACAUCGUAUCUAAAAAAUGGAUUCAAGAUCAUAUUCCUGCAUUUAAUUUAAAAUUGCAUAUGAAUUUUAAAUGUACCGAAUUUCGAGGUGCUGUUGGCAUUGUUAGAAUGGUGGUAAUUACUGAUAGAGAUACUGAUGAAGUGAUAUCAAUCUUGCAGAAACAAAAUCCGAGGUUACGCACGAAAUACUGGCGAAAGAUCAGCGUAGUGGGUUCUAAAACUAAGCUAGACGUCGUCCUACAAAUCGACAGACUUUCAGCUCAAGUGAUAACUAGUCCAGAAUUUAAUAAAUACAUUGAUUCUAGUGCAGUGCAAUUCGAAUUGGGUCAUUUGCAAUCUCUCAUCAAACCAAAAUCUAGUCUUGAAUAUCUUGAAAGAAAAUACAUUGAUACUCAUAGUAAUAAACAAUUGAAUACGCUGACAGAAAAUGCUGAAAUUGGUCAAUACAUAUCAGAUAAAGAAAUAUCCAAUCAUACUACGAAAUCUAGCAACAUUAUUCCUAACGUGGAACCCGAAACUAAGGAACCCUAUUUAAGUUGCGAUGAAUGUCCUGAUAAGGAUUUAGAGUCACAUAAAAGUGUCACAGACAUUGUGUUAUCAAGUGAAAGAAAUAACGAAGGCUAUUGUAGAAUGAUUUUAAAAAUACCCACAAAUAUUUUACCAGAAGACAAAGACGAUUUCAAUAUCAUACUUGAUUUGUUAGAAGAUAAAAAUCCAGGUUUGAAUACUGAGUUGUGGAAAAUUUCGUACGAUCCAGAUUAUCCUAGUAAAGGAAAAUUCACUAUAUUUAUGGACAAACAAUCAGCUUCUGUUAUAAGGAGCAAGGCUUUUGACUCAACUAUAGGGGGUGAGAGGCUGAAAUUUUUCUUCUAG